AUGCCCAUUCACACCGAACAAAAACAAAAAAAGAAAUUCAAAAUAUUAUCUGAAUUAAUAAUAAUAAUAAAAAAACCGUGCAACUACAGACUCCCAAUCAAUACCCUCUCCUCUUCUUCGUCUUCGUCAGAAGCUCAGAAAUCCAUGGCGAACACUCUGUAUUAGCCGGCGAACCACGCGAUACUCGGUGCGCGUGUGUGUGUAUUUCGGUCGCCGCCGGAAAAAAAAUGGAGGAGUCGGCACGACGUCGUCUGGCUCUCCUUUCGUCCCACGUUAACCCACCACCGCCGGAAACCUCGCUUCCCACGCGCCUUGUUUCCUCUUCCCCUUGCGCCUCUGAUUCCAAUGCCGAGACGAACAAGGAACACGGUGAUUGUGUGUUUUGCAAGAUUAUUCGUGGUGAUUCUCCUGCGUUGAAGUUAUACGAAGAUGACGAAUGCCUCUGCGUUCUGGAUACGUAUCCUUUGUGUUGUGGGCACUCUCUUAUUAUCCCGAAGUGUCAUUUCCCUUCACUGGACGCAACUCCUCCAUCAAUUAUCGGGGCCAUGUGUUCAAAAGUGCCUUUAAUUAGCAACGCCGUUAUGAAAGCUACUGGUUGCGAUUCAUUCAACAUGCUAGUCAACAAUGGUGCAGCUGCGGGCCAAGUGAUAUAUCACACACACAUUCACAUAAUCCCUCGUAAAGCACACGACUGCUUGUGGCGGUCCGAGUCUAUACGAAGGCGCCCGUUGAAAUUAAAUCAAGAAGCUUCACAACUUGCAGAUCAAAUUCGUGAGAGUCUAAAUUGUGCGAACAACUAUGAAGAUAGUAGUAAAGCUCAAGCAUUAUCCACUCUUAUUGGAAACUAGAAAAAAAGGCGAUCGAUUGUUGUUACCGUGUGUAAGGUGUGUACAUUUUUUUUUAUCAUAUUUUACUCGAAAAUUUUCCGGGUUCCAACUCUUUUGAGCUACUUCGAUAGAGAACUUCGAAAAAGAAAAACGAGUUGAAUUAAUGAUGAUGUGGAGUACUGUACUUUUAAUGAUAGUUGGUUAUUACAACAUUCUUUCUUGUUACUAUUAAGAAAUUUAUACAGCCCUUCCCCUUUAUGUUUCA